GAAGACACGUUUUGUCGUCCGCUCCGCCUAACCUCAGACGUCAAUCUGUCAGACGUUUCGAAUGAAACUAUUCGGAGUAAUUAUGAUCUAGUCCGAGAUAAGACAAACGUUCGGGAGUCGUUAGCUUCUUAUUCUCCAAGAAUAAAACGGACACUUUUCUCUGUGCUUCCUCGCCAUAAUUUUUUUUUAUAAAUAUAUUAUAGUCGUGUUGAUAACCGGUACGGUAUAAUGCGAGUGCCGACCAGUGUUGUUUUUCUUAACAUUUUUGUAAUCGUAUUGACUUGCAUGAGUAGCAUCCAAUGUGAGAAAGAAAAACUGGGCGAGGAGGAACUCAAAUCUCAAAAAUUUCCGCCCUGCGCAGCGUGCAAAAUACUUACCAGUAGUUUCAAAAAGGGUUUAGACAAGACGAGUCGUGGGAAGUUUGAGGGCGGAGAUAGCGCUUGGGAAGAGGACAAGUUAGGCUCGUACUCAAGAAGUGAAAUACGACUGAUUGAAAUACAAGAGAACUUGUGUAAAGAUGUUGAGCGUGGCGAGGUGCAGUGCCAAUCUUUAGCCGAAGAAUUGGAGAGUCAGAUAGAGGAAUGGUGGUUCAAGCAUCAAGAUACUUAUCCAGAUAUAUACGAUUAUAUCUGUAUCGAAAAGACAGAACGUUGUUGUCCGAAAGAUCAUUACGGUCCGAACUGUACGCAGUGUCCAGGAUAUCCAGAUAGAAUCUGCAGCAAUAAUGGCAAAUGUAAAGGAGCUGGCACGAGAAAGGGAAAUGGUGGCUGCUUCUGCGAUAAGGGAUAUAUUGGAGACAUUUGUUCAGAGUGCGCUCCGAGAUACUAUGAAUCUUAUAAGGACGAAAAAACCUUGUUAUGUUCCUCAUGUCAUGCGGCGUGCGACGGACCUUGUAAAGGCGCCGGGCCAAAGGAUUGCGAGAAAUGUGCUGCUGGAUGGUACAUGAUCGAAGACAAAGGCUGCUUUGAUAUCGACGAAUGUUUAAGAAGCAACGAUAUCUGUCCUGGCAAUCAAUUCUGCAUUAAUAAAGAAGGGAGCUAUGCUUGUUUGGCUUGCGACAAAGCCUGCAACGGUUGCACCGGCGAUGGGCCAGAUAUGUGUGUCAAAUGUGCCGAUGAUUAUCAUAAAAAGGAUAAUUUGUGUAUAAAUUCAGAUCUUCUUGGCCGCAAGAAACAAGAAAAUCUGGCGAGAUAUCUGACGUAUUUCGGACUUUGUGUGGCGACAUGUAUUAUUUUGCAACGUAACGUUUAUGCAGCAAGCGUUAUCGGUUUGUUGGUUGCAGUAUAUAUAUCUGUUUCUGAGUAUAUGAUCGCGUAUAGCAAUGUCCAGGAUACAACGACAAACAUGGAUAUUCUAGGACCAGCUUAAAUAGGAACGCAAUUUAAAAACCUCUGUAAAAUCAUUUUAAUGUCUUGUAUCAGGAUACGGAGUCAUUAUCCAUAUGUAAAAAAUAUCGUAUAUUAGACUUAAUAUAUAAGUUAAAAAGAUAUCAGAAUUUUAUUUAUUAGUAUUUUUUCUUGCUAUAUUUUUGAGAAACUCUGAUAUGUUUUCCUGAUCUUAUAUGUAUAUAUAUGUCCGUUUCUUAUAUCUAUAUGUUUACUUUACAUAACUAUACAAUUUUGUUUAGAUAUCAAAGUAUUUAAAAAAUUAUAUGGCCAGUUUUUUAAUAUAUCAUUUUUUAUUUACCAAAAUUAUUAAUGCCGGCUUUUUGUCCAAUAUAUCUUUAUUGUAUAUUGCAUUAUUGUAAAUACUAUAUCUCAAUGUAGAAAAGAAGUGAUAAGAACAGAAGAUAUUACAGAUUUAAAAUAAGUACAUUACAAAUUCACAACACGUAUGUACAAUAUAUUACUUAAGCAUUUUUAUACUCAUAAAAAAUUUAAAUGACUUCUAUGUGAACAUAUAUCUACCUACAGUUUCUGAUAGCUAUAAUAUAAUAAUAUCGAUUUCAACGAAGAAAACAAUAGUAUUGCCAAUAAUUAAUAUUAAAU